AUGUCUCUUCCUAAACGGAUCAUCAAGGAAACCGAGCGUCUAGUCAGCGAUCCGGUUCCUGGAAUCACCGCCGUUCCACAUGAGGAGAAUAUGCGAUACUUUGACGUUACUGUCGAUGGGCCAUCACAGUCGCCAUAUGAAGGCGGUGUCUUCAAGCUAGAGCUUUUCCUUCCUGAAGAGUAUCCCAUGGUUGCUCCCAAAGUCCGGUUCUUGACAAAAAUCUACCACCCAAAUAUCGACAAGCUCGGACGAAUCUGCCUUGAUGUCUUGAAGACCAACUGGUCUCCUGCUCUUCAGAUCCGGACGAUUCUGUUAUCUGUGCAGGCUUUGCUGGGCGCACCAAAUCCUGAUGAUCCGCUUGCAAACGAUGUUGCUCAGCGGUGGAAAGAAGACGAGCGUGCUGCUAUCGCUACUGCCAAGGAGUGGACACAGACCUACGCUGCGCCUUCAGAGACUGAGGCCUAG